AACAGGAGGGUUGAGUACACUGGCAUUUGAUACCUUUUGGUAAGGGAAGUGUCUCGCGCUCUAGGUGGGUAUGGAAUUCGCGGCGGGGGUCCUUUUUUCGGUAGAACACCGGGCUUCUGUCCUCCACUCCAGAUGUCAUUAUGGAUAUAGAAGCAGAAGCGUUCAACUGAAGGUUAGCCAGCUUUCUGAGAGAAAGAGGAACCCACAUCCCGGGACAAAGGUUAGGAAACCUUGUGACUGCCGCCCGCAGGGAACCUUUUAACGCUCGUUUCCUUCUCUGUUCCUGGAAAUCGUCGCUUGUUUACGCGGCUGUGGUUGAGAUGAAGCGGAACAGGACCCUCCUCCUCUUCAAGUAUCUGUUUUGGUUCAGCUUCUAACAUAUCCGUGUCGUGUUGUGGCCCAAAAUAACCGCGCAACAAAUCUGUAGGUCCCCGGCAGUGCUUCUGAUAGCAGCGGGAACAGCUGACUCUCUUAUUACAGCCGGACGAAACCGGGACAUGGCGGCGGUGUUUGAGCGGGUUUAGGUAACCCCGUGGAUCGGAGCUCCCUGUAUCGACCCUGCACUGGCUGAGCCAUUAUCAGGUAAACAUAAUGAUUGGGUCACCGGACCUGCUGCCCUUCACCGGGUCUGGGGGCUUUGACGUGGAGGGAGAGGAGCAGGAGUUCCAGAGGAGUCUUCCUGAGGAGUUAUCUGUCCCCAUAAGACCCCCUGCUCAGCCCUGGACCACGAGAGCCCAGUUUCACAGAGACUUCAUACUGGUGGCCGAGUUCUCAGAACAGGUGGGUCCAAAGCCUGUGCUGAUGAUCCCAAACGACCAAAAGGUCAUCGGCUCGUUUGACAUCAACCAUUUUUCUGUCCGCAUCAUGUCUGUGGACUACCAGGCGUCCGGCCCGGGCCCCGCCCCCUCCGCCUCUCCUGGUCCCCGGCUCAACUUCAGCGAGGACUCCAAAGUGAUCCUGGGGGAUUCGGCGGAGGACGCGUUUGCGUACGUCCACCACCUGACUCUGUACGACCUGGAAGCUCGGGGGAUGGUGCGUCCCUUCUGCAUAGCCUACGUGUGUUCGGACCAGGUGAAGCUGAUGGAGAACUUCUCGGAGCUGUCGGCGGGCUUUUCUCAGGCUUCUGACAGCCUGAAGACGGGAAACAGGCAGGCCUUUUCCACAGAGCUGCGACGAAAACUACAAGAGCUCGAGUUCAGAUGGUUGACUUUGCAGCAGGAGACAGAAGUCCAGAGGCUGAAGGAUGAACCCACAGCAGCCGAAGUGAAACCAGAUGAGCUGGAAGCUUUAGAGCUCUCAGUCUUAAAUCAUAGAGAGCUCCUUCGUCAGGUCACAUCCUACCCAAACAGGAAGCUCCAACAGCCUGACUUCCUGCCUUACGAUCCGGCUGACUGCCUCACUGAUCUGAUGGGGUUACAGCCUCCUGAGCCCUGCUCCUCKCCCCCYUCCUCCUCUUCCUCCUCCUCCUGCCGGUCGGAGCACGCCCUGAAGCCUCUGGAGGAGCUCUGCAACUCCUACUUCCUGACUCUGAUGAAGGAGCAGCUUGUCGACACGGAGCGGCGGCUGCGCGGGGACCGGAGCGUCCUGCGCACCGCUCGGGUCACGCGGUCGCUCUCCAGGAGGCUGGAGCUCACCAACUUCCUCUUUGAGCUGCUGAGCCCCGGGGACRCUCAGGAGGAGGGCGCUGAGGCGGAGCUACUGAAGGUCUCGGGGAUCACGGAGGAGGUCGAGUCCCAACCGCAGAGCGUGGAGUCGUUCCUCUCCUGCGUGGAGGAGAUACCCAUCAAACUGGAGGCGGGAGAAGCUGGGACAGUGACCCCUGACCCCUGCCCUGCAGCGGAGAUGACCGGGAGCGUGAGCAGCGGGGACAGCAUCGAAGUCUUAGGGACUGAGAAGUCCUACCGGACGCAGCAGGUGGUUUGUGGGUCGGACGGCAGAGAAACUCCUGCGGGAAUGAGCGACGUCUGCAUCCAGCGUCCAGCCGUGGAGCUGGGCGUGAGGCGCGUGCGAGCCCACGCCAGACGCACCAACAGCGAGGACAGCAUCGAGGUGCUCAGCACCACCGGGUCCAUCGCCCCCGACGACCUCACCGCCAUCACGGAGGAGGAGGUGGAGCAUCCUCCUCUCGCUAACGGUUUUAGGAAUGAGGCAGAGCCUCUGAUGGGGCACAGCUCCGAUCAAGUACCGAAAGAGGAGACGGUGAAGAGGAUCGCCGCUUCAGAGGAUGAAGGCCGGGAGCCUUUACAGGAAAUAAAARWCACAGAGAGGAGAAAUGGAGUCCAAGAUGACACCACACAAGUGACAACGCUUAAACCUUCACAAGAAGCAGCCGAGGAGUCGAGGUCGGCGCCUCGCCUCUUUGUCAAUUUUGCUCCUCCUGCCGUCCCGCAGGAGACCGGUCGGAGGUCUCCGCCCCGCACUCCCCUCAGGCUGCUGAGCGUAGACGAGGCGUCCGACUGCACCAGCUUCACUGGCUCCUCYGACCCACCCUCUCCCACCCACCGUCCCCGCACCGACACUCAGCAGAGGAGGAGGAGGAGGAAGGCUGGACUCCGAGCCCUCCGGUUCGUCAAACAACACUCGUUCUCCCAGCAYGCCGUCUUCUGCCUCCUGAGCGGUCGGCCGCUGGUCGUUGUCGGAGGAGACGAGGGUUCGGUAGCGAAGCUGGUGGACGCCCUCGGCGUCUUCCUGCCCGCGCCCGGUCCUGGUGGAAGUGCCGUGAAGCCACGUUUGACCACGCCCCUUCAGCUGACCGACCUCCUCACCUGGAGACUCAUAGGAAUACACAGAUCGUCCUCCAGAACAUCCUCCACCAUUCUUCAUUCUCUGACUCAAUACAGUCGCUACCUGGCUCUGCUGGACCUGGAUCAGCGGACCCUGAAGUGUCCGCCCUACUCCGGCUCCCUCCUCGGCAGGCUGGCCGAUCCUCACACCUGCAUCAGCCGAGGCCUCACCUACCUGCUGCACCUGGAGAGCUGCCUGACUGCACUGGCCAACCGAGUGCUGCUGCACACGUUUCUGCCCCGCCCAGCCACCGCCGCCGGCACAGACGAGGAGCCCCCCCAAAGGCUCUGCAGCGGCGAAAGUGAUUCUAGAGUGUUGCACUUUCUGUCGGACCUCGUGAAACAGCGCCACGCGGGCUGUGGACCCAUGUUUUUAUCGUGUUCUUACAGCUCGUCACAGCUUCACAGAAACACGUGGGCAACGUGAGAGGCUGACUGAACAGAAGGUGAGUUAUUUUAGGGCUUAGUGGAACACAGAGCCUUAUUUUCAGAGCUCAGGUCUUUUCACCAGCUGCUGUAAACAGAUUUGUUUAAAGGAAAUAAUUUAUUUUUCAUAAAUUAAGUUGAAUUAAGUGGUUUUAUAUUUCAGACUGUGAAAUAUUUUAGCACUAAUGUCUCACUGCCACUAAAGACUGUAUUUGUUAGUUUUGAAAAGCGUGAAGGGCUCCCACACUUUUGAAGAYUUUGGUCGAACUGUUUUCUUUGCCUUGGUUAUUUGUAGAAUUUACCUUGAAAACACUGCCUCGCUCUGCACUGCAGCCAGAGUUUAUUUAUUUAUUUUUUAUUUUAUCGACAACGCUCUGCAGGUCAAGUAAACUGCUCCGCGACAUGGAGAGCGACACAUAAAAUGCCCRACACAACGAGUCGAUAAUGAAAGCCGUUGCCAACACUUAGUUGUUGCUUUUUAGUGAUUCAAUCGAUUUCGUUGUUGCAGCCCCAGCUAGAUGACACGCCAAACUUAAAUACUGCUUGCAGGAUGAAGACAUUACAGCCAUGGAUUUUUGGUCCAGUGAGGGAAAAAAGCAGUAUUUGCUUUAGGAACCAAAGGAUUCUUCUAUGUAAUUACAUCUGUCUACUGUUUUGUUAUGGUACUGUACUUUAUGUUGCACCAUGAGCCGAGGAGGAACGUAAACUCUUCUCAUGUGUAUACAGGUGAAAUGACAAUAAAAACCUCUUGAAUCUAAUACAGUAUUGCACAUAGAACUGAUCUUAAUGUUUGAUAAGACCUCUUUGUAAAAACUGUUCGACUGCAUCUUCUUUUUCUUCUCUAUUAAAGGCCGUCACAAAAGA